UAGAUAUGCUUGACAACUUGUGACAUAGCAAUAGGCUACAAAACCUUGCAGGACAUGCGACCUAGAUAACUAAAAGAUCUGACCCCAUAGCUCGUGGUCAAUGUCCCGCCAUGAUCCUAGCCUAUCAUUCUCUAGGGAUAAUGAAGAAUAACAUUUUAUGCUUUUACAACUUGUGAAAUAGCCUUACUGAGCAGCGGUGCAUGGAAGAGGCCAAAGAAAAUGUCUUUACACAGAUAAAGACGCAAAUAAAACCUUUAAGGCAGUGACACAUGACCAGAUAGCGCAAAGAUCUGAGCCCAUUGCUUGAGGUGAAAGCGUCCUAAAUAGAUGAACAAGAUGGCUAAUGUCACAUACCAAAAGCUCAAUAGUGGACACAAGGUGCCAGCCAUUGGCCUUGGAACUUGGCUGCCCAAACCAGGUGACGUGGCGACGGCUGUGUCUCACGCCAUCAAGGCUGGCUAUCGUCACAUUGACUGCGCCUAUGCUUAUUUCAAUGAGGAAGAAGUGGGCAAAGGCAUCAAGGAGGCAUUGGAUUCUGGUUGCUGCAAACGAGAGGAUUUAUUUGUUACAACAAAGCUGUGGAACAACUACCACCGACGUGACCUUAUAACAAAAGUUUGCAAAGGGUCACUUGAGAAGUUAGGUCUUGAUUAUGUUGAUCUUUUUCUCGUGCAUUGGCCCACGGCCUAUGUGGAAGAGAAAGAGGACCUUCCUAUAGGAGAAGAUGGUAAAUUCAUUGUUUCUACCGCACCGAAUUCUGGAAUAUUGGACACUUGGCAGGGAAUGGAGGAAUGUGUUAAGUUGAAACUGGCAAAGAGCAUCGGUGUCUCCAACUUCAACAGUAAACAGAUUGAAAAGAUUCUGAAGGCAGCGAAGAUUAAACCGGCCAAUUUACAGAUUGAGGCACAUCCAUACUUCGGUAAUGGAAAGCUUGUCAAAUUUGCUCUUGACCGUGGAAUCACCGUGACAGCGUUCAGUCCAUUUGGAUCGCCUGACAGAGAUUGGGCCAAACCUGAUGAUCCAUUCAUUUUGAAAGACGAAAAAGUGAAAAAGAUGGCAGAGAAAUAUGGAAAAACUCCAGCGCAGGUUGUCCUUCGAUGGAACCUUCAGCGAGGAUUGAUAGUCAUUCCGAAGAGCGUCACACCCUCAAGGAUCGAUCAAAAUAUAGACGUUUUUGAUUUCAAAUUGUCCGCUGAUGAUACGAAAAUGCUGAAUUCCUUACAUGCUGAUAAAAACAGGGUGUUUCAUGGGGACUGGGUCAAACAUCAUCCAGACUUCCCAUUCAAGAUUCCAUUCUAAACUGUGUCGAGAUCUGGAAAAUCUUGUCUUGCCUCUUUCGAAUUUCAAAAAAGUUACGGGUGAUUGUCAAGCAUUAGCUUUAUGAUAUUGUAGCAUAUAGAUAUGUAUUAGGUGCCCGUAACAGCCAAUAGGAACAACCCUUGCCAUCCAUGCCAGGCUCUGUUACAUAACCAGCCAAGAGGUACCAUUAGGGAUAGAUUUGUAUAGUCAGGGAGAUUAGCCUUGGCACUGGUCGAGUUUUGACCAAAGCAACGAAGCGAGUAGUACAAAAAGAUUAAAAUGAUGUACAAGAUGUGAUGUUAUAACGGGAAUUGAGAAACAUAACAAUGUAUUAGGUGGAAGUAUGAAAUAAAUGUUAUGAAAAAUA